UUCCAUGGAUUUGUUGAGUGAGAAGAGAUAAUCCGAUGAGGGAAAGUUAAUUGCAUUUGCUUGCUUUAAUUACUGUCAUGUUGUUCGCGUAUUAUCUUUAAUUGUUCAACAUGGAUGAAUCGGGAAACUCCAAGUCAAAAGAUUCCAAAUUUCACUUCAUUUCUCGUCUCAAACCAGUUCCAGGAAUCGGAAUCUUAUUCGCUACAUUAUCGGGAAUUUUAUUCGCCAUAAGCACAUCGAUGGUUAAAUAUUUGGACAAAAUCAAUCCAUUUGAGAUUCUCUUUUUCAGAUCUGCCGUUCAACUGGUUAUCUAUUUACUACUCAUCUUGUACAAACGAGACAACAUUAAAGGCAGUCGAGAUGAGAGGCUCUGGAUGUUGAUUGAUAACCUGAUUGGCUUCGCCUUCUUGGGUUUGGGUUAUGUAGCCAUUCGCCUCAUAUCACUCGGCGAUUCAUCAGCCAUCAUCUUUUCAUCAUCCGUUUAUGCUUCCAUCUUUGCUCGCUUCAUCCUAGCUGAACCUUGCAACAUCAUCAGCAUACUUUGCAUACUCAUCGUCAUCUCAGGAGUCUUUUUGAUCUCUCGACCAACCUUCCUAUUUGGCACAACUCACUACUCUUAUUCAUCCUUUGAUCGAACCCUUGGUCUUGCCUUAUCCCUAGCUGCCUCUCUAUCUGCGGCUCUAUACUACGUUCUGUUGAAAAGGAUUCGCAAAACAUCGACAACCGUUGCAAUGUUUUGGUUCUCAUCUACUGGUGCCCUCGGCUCUCUGGUCGUGCUUCUUAUUCAAGGUCAAUUCACAAUCGCCUCAACCGCCAAGGAGUGGGUUCUACUCAUAACGAAUGGGUUCGUUGGGACUGCCGGCUUAUUUUUACUUGGCUUUGCUCUUAAACUCGAAGACGCUGGACCCGUUUCGCUAGCUCGAACCAUAGAUAUUGUUGGUGCCUUCAUUAUUCAAAUAGCAGUCUUUCACGAUCCAGCACCAUGGACAAGCAUUCUCGGUUCAGUAAUCAUAAUCUUUGGGGUUGCCGUUUCAGUGAUGAGAAACUACAUUCUCAAUAAAAUGGCGAGAAUCACGACAAAGUCAACAUCCAAUGAACCAAAAAACAUGCAAUUAGAAGCUGUAAACUCUUCCCAGCCAAUAUCGACAAUAAGUUCCCAAUAAUCGAAAUGUCACUGGAAAAGGAGAAUGAUUCCAAUUCCAUUUCAAAACUCAUAAUCGUAAAUUAAAACAAAAGUGAAAACAGACAAAAUUCAAACAAAAACAUUCCCAAACUGAACUGUAAAAAGAAAUAAACAUUUCCAACAACAUUUUUCAUCCUUUGACUUUUAAUGCCUUUUAAUAAACCAUAAAACAGACUAAAAGAAGAUGAAAAAAACUUGAUUUUACCAGAAAAAAAACUUUACUGGUUACUGAUGACGAAAAAUGGCACAUUUUUUCGAUGCUUGUAAUGAGCAGUAAAAAUGUUCAAUUGAUAAUCAUUCAACUCCCAACUGGGAUUCAGUCUUUUACUGAUAAUUUAGUGGUUCUCAAUGAAAUGCUUGCUAAGCAUAAAAUAACAGUUUUUGUCUGAAGAAUCGAGAAAAAAAAGAAACAAAUUUUUCUCCCAUCAACUUUUUUUUCUUUUCCAAUUUCCAAUGUUAUUGAAACAUUUUCAUCUCUUUUACCCUCCAACUGUUUCAACUGAUUCCCUAUUAGCUUGUCAUCUCUGAAUUUCAUGAAAACUAAAAGUGCUGAUCAUCAAGAGUGAAAAUGAAUGGCACUUGACUUUACGUUUAAAUUGCAGAUUAAAAU